AAGAAGGAGAAGAAGACCAGCAAUUUCCCGGCCCUCACGAACUGCUACUCAGAACUCUUUGUGUGGGAUUGUGGAUCUGAUGUCCACUAUUGGAAACAUGGAUUUAUCGGCAAUUUUGUGCUCAAAGAGCCCAUAAUUAUGGGUCACGAGACCUGUGCUCAGGUGAUGGCUGUUGGCAAUGAUGUCGAUCACUUCCGAGUAGGGGAUCGAGUGUGUUGUGAACCGGCAGUUCCCUGUCGUAUGUGCCGGACAUGCAAAGAGGGUCAGUACAACCUCUGCGGUGAGAUCUUAUGUCACGCGACGCCUCCACACAACGGGACGUUAACCCAACUCUUCAUACAUCCCGAAGACUUUGCUUUUAAAAUACCGAAAGAUAUGAGUGACGAAGAGGGGGCUAUGAUUGAGCCCUUGUCUGUUGCCGUAUAUGCCGUCCAAAGGGCUGGUGUGACGGCCGGCUCUGCUGUAAUGGUUACCGGUUGUGGACCAAUAGGUCUCUUCCAGAUAAUGGUCUCCAAAGCAUUUGGUGCGCAUCGGGUCCUGGCUUUGGACACAAACGCCAAUCGAUUAAAACUGGCCGCAAGUGUCGGCGCCGAUGAAGUGAUUGUAGUGGACAGAGAUGUCAGUGAGGAUGACAUGAAGAAAAGAGUGGUGGAAGUGAUGGGUCGACCAAUUGAUGUGAGCCUCGAGUGUAGUGGUGCGCCACCGAUGGUCAGAUUGGGAAUGUUGGUCACGAAGAGCGGCGGCACUUGA